AAUCUACUGUCAGCCGUGCCCUACUAUCCGUUAAUUAAUAGCUCAACCGGGAAUUUAUUAAGUAAGGAGGAUCGAAGAUUGCCAACUUUUUUGUGUGUGAAAAAUAAACUGUCAUUUCGUGCCUACAUUCUGAACUAGUCAUCGGUCGAGUGAGUGAGAAGAUCUGAAGUAAUACUCUGUAGAUGCGCAUUUAAUCCCUCAAAGACUACUGCCAACCUGUAGCAAGAAAAAAAGCGAAGGGUGAUAUAAUUUUAGAAAUCAUUAGACAUUACGUGAGUCAAGUUCAAACUGUAUUCGAGUGAAUCUGCCACUAAUUUCCGGUAAAAUCGUGACAGCGUGUUAGGCCUUGCGGACAGUGAGUUCCGGCCAGCCAAAUUCGAAGAGCAGUGCAAAAAGUAGAAUUAUAUUUAGGACAAAGAGACCAAAAUAAAAAGCAAGAUUUCCAAGAUGGCCGCACUUCUUCUGCAGCGCUUCAACACAGCCGCACUCUCGUUCGGCAAGCUGUAUGUGGCAGCGGGACCGUCGCCCAACACAACGCUGCUGGCGCGUUCUAUCACCACCACCAGUCCGGUUCGGAAUCAAAACAACAACAACGGCAACAAGAGUAAACAGCUGUCCGCAGCUGAUGUAAAGAAGAUUCCCGACAGCGAAGUGAAAAAAUCGGUCUUUAUAUCGCAGUCCAAUGACAUAUUCGCCAACCUGGCCUUGGAGGAUUGGAUUUAUCGGAACUUUGACUUUGCUCAUCAUCACAUUCUGAUGCUUUGGAUUAACAAGCCGACCGUGGUGAUCGGACGGCACCAGAAUCCGUUUGCCGAAACGAAUGUGUCGGCACUGAUGCAAAAUGGAAUUGAACUGGCCCGCCGGAAUAGCGGCGGUGGCACGGUGUUUCACGAUCUAGGCAAUCUAAAUUGUACCUUCUUUACGCCGCGUGCUCGCUACGACCGGAAAUACAACCUAAACUUAAUCACCCGUGCGCUGUAUCGUGAAUUCGGCAUUAGCGCCGAAAUAUCCGACCGGGACGAUAUUACACUGCUCGGCAAAAAGAUUUCUGGAACAGCUGCUAAACUAGGUCAACCAAAUGCUUAUCAUCACUGCACACUGCUCGUCAAUUCGAACAAACUUCAUCUCGGCGAAUCGCUGACCAAAGACAAUGCCGAAAUCAUUAGCAAGGCCACCGCAUCGGUGCCUUCGCCGAUUAAAAAUUUGGUCGAUGUGAACCGUACGGUCAACAUCCAGCAGCUCUUAUCAGCCAUCGGAUAUGAGUUCCUGCGCACUCCGGCUACGCAACUAACCGACGGAGGCCGUGACCAACUGAUGAAACAGCUUGGCUUUCAGCUGAUCAACCCGACGGAAAAGUGGUUCCCCGGUCUCAAUGAACUGCGGGAGAAUUUCGCCUCCUGGGAUUGGCGUUUUGGCAAAACACCCAAAUUUGCGGUGCAGAAAAGCAUUCAACUCAAAUCAAAUCAAGCCGACGGCAGUCAGCCUUACGAGAUGAAAGUGAAGGUCGAGGUUGAAAAGGGUCUCAUUCAGGAAAUUAACCUGCUGAUGCCGGGACAGGAGCCGAUACCCGUGGUUUCGAAUAUGGUUGGUAAACCAUAUCUUGAGGAUUGUUUCAACGGUAUCCUGGAAGCAAUGAAGGGAGCCAGUGCUGAAAACAUGAAGCAUGCCAUGGGUUUAUGAGAUCAUAACCGGGACGAGUAAACCGAAACGGUGCUAUCACAGCUGGUGCUGCCGGUCGACCUCCUCCGUCUUACUCAUCCAGAACUGUAGACUCAAAGAGCGCGAAAUGUUGUUGCUUGCAGUAGUUUCCUUUUGUCACCUGGAGGAAAAAGUAGCGAAAUGUAUAAACAACUGUCGAAGUGAUUCGUCCGACAAGGUGAAACCACGAUUGUCAUCCAUUUCGGAAGAUAGAUUCGGUUGAUUUCUUCUUUUACAAUAAAAGACUGACACCAAAAUUAUUACAAAGUUACAAAAAGAAUGAACUUAUGGUUAAAAUUUUCGGUCUUACUGUAUAGACUGUAAUCGUACUACUAGAGUUAAAACCAUCGCUAAAUUUCAAAGUAUAAGGCCGAAAAAGGAUUGGUUCGAUGUGAUACCGUGGGUUCAAUGUUGCAGGAAGCGCUCAAGGAUGUAGUCAAAUCUAGCGAUUUCUCCAUCCGCCACAAAACAAAGAAGUUGGGAAUCAUCGCCUUAUGGGUUUAACUUAAUCGUGUAAAACGUAGCUUAUUCAACUAAUCUUAGUUUAAAGUUAUCAGUAACGCAGGAUGUGUAUUUCAUUCUUUUUUGAUAAGUUUUUUCUUCUUUUUUUAUGUUUCUACUCGCUUUCCAGCCUAGCUAUGUCGUACUUUUCAAUUAGUUUUUUCCUCUUGAAAAUGAAAUAGCUUAAUCAAGAAUACAAGUCAUAUCAUUUACGUUUAGGAUGGGUUUUUUCUUCUGUGAGCUAUUAAUUAACAAGUUAUUGAUUUUUUUCCAGUUGAACUGUAUAUCUUCUAACCCAGAAAAAAUACAUCACGAUUUCGAAAAUGCUUUUGCGAUAUUUUACUAGCGAAAUAACCAAUGUUUAUUACACAUGCUUAUAUUAAACAUUUAGAAUAGUGAUAAUGAUGAGUAGCUGAAUCUGAGUACUAAACUAAAUACUAAAUCACGUGCAGAAAAAGUAUGGCAAUAGGUUGUCCACAAUUAGUAAUUGAACGCACACAGGAGUUUUUUUUUUCUCUUUUGCACUUGAUCAAACUAGAUAGUUGUUAGAAGCUCAGCUGUUGGUCGAUUCGCGUGAUCAAUUGUGACAAUAAUAUAAUGAAACAGGAUUAAAGAUAAUAUGAAUAAAAAACAAUAAU